UGAUUUUGGUUUAUGAAAUUGCAACAAAUGGUGGAUGAUUCAUCUUUAAGCAGAAUGGAAAAAUGAGGGAGGAAAUGAUGAUGUUCAAGACAGGCCAGUUAAAGAGAACUACUUACUGAACCGUCCUAUGAUGCCUGACAGUGCAUAUCAAGGGGGAGUCUUUUUUCUCACUGUACAUUUUCCAACAGACUACCCAUUCAAACCACCAAAGAUUGCAUUCACAACAAAAAUAUAUCAUCCAAACAUAAAUAGUAAUGGGAGUAUUUGUCUUGAUAUCCUGAGGUCACAAUGGUCACCUGCUCUGACUGUAUCUAAAGUUCUUUUGUCCAUAUGCUCUUUACUUUGUGAUCCUAAUCCAGAUGACCCUUUAGUACCAGAUAUUGCACAAAUCUACAAGUCAGACAAGGAAAAAUAUAACAGACAUGCAAGAGAAUGGACACAGAAAUAUGCAAUGUAAACUUUGAAGACUUUUUCAUAUAUACCAGAGUACUGUAAAUUCUAGGGUUUUUUCAAAAUUAGAAGUAAGUGGAGCACAGUUUACUGUUUCAGUGUACCAUGAAGGCCCUUUUUUGAUUUUCACCCGUAUAAAUGUGUUUCUGGAACAAGGAAAUAACUACGAAAUUUAACCUGAAGACUGUGAUGAGAGUAUUUAUCCUUUUUGUAUGCUUUGCAAAAGACAUUUAUUAUGUUUUUUUUAAAGAUACUUGGACAUCUGCAUCUCCAGCCUACAAGAUCCAUAAUGCAGUUGUAGAGCAACCAAAUUAUUUUUGCUGAAAAACUAGGUGUUACAUGAAAUAUUCUUUGUGUGUCUUUGAGAUGUUGGUUCUGUAAGCCUGUCUGAAUUUCUUUCUUUGUUAGUUCCAUGUAUAAUUUGUAUUUUUUUUUUACUGUAUAGACUAUAUUUUAUUUACCGUGCGAGUCAACUCAUUUUAGAUUUUCUGCACAGUAUUGAUGAAAGACAACUGCUAUGAAAUGAGAGACAUUUUCCUUCCUAAAGGAAUACUCUGUAAACUGAUAGACUUAAACAGAACUUUGCACUCUUAAUUCUCAGUAUGCCGAUUAUGGGGAAACACUUGGUUUUGAUUCUGUUGCGUACUUAAUUUUAUUGCAAUGUGAACUAAUUGCACUGCUCUGUAGAAAGAAAUUGUAACUAAUUUUGUUCUGUUCACAGCUGACAUUUUUUUUAAUCCCACGUGGGCAAUAUAACCUCUGACCUUUUAACAAAUUGACUUGAAGCUUUUCCAUACAAAUAAAAUGUGUUUUUUACUACUUGUCUUGGCUGUUCUUUAAGUCUUGCACAUUUUUAAAACAUGUGCUUGCUCUGCAAAGAUCAAAAUAUUGUUAAAUAUGUGAAUUACUAUUGGGAGGAACCGGCCCAUGUGUUUGAAAUUGCUGCGAAUUCUUGAAUAUGUUAUGGAAGCUGUUACACAAUUUUAUGUGUGUUAUUCAGUGUGUCGUAUUGUGUAUGAUCUGAGUUGCUGGAUCCUGUACCCAAUACAGAAAACUGCUCCGACUAACAAAAUGAUCCGUCCCCAUACUUUGCUUAAACCAAUAACUUAUUAGUGUCCUAGCGUCACUGAAGCUUAUUCCCUCAACCGUGUAUACACUUCAUCUUGCAUGUAUGGAGAAAACAGCCAGUUAGGUUUUAAAAACCAGGACGCUUAAAAAAUUUAAAGCGUGUGUGGUCUUGGGAUACUCCAUCCUUGUUAAAGGCUUUUUAGUUUGUGGCUGCAGUAAUUAUUAAACACAGCUUGCUUGAAUGGGAAGUUUGCCACUGCAGACCCCAUUUGACCCCUUCUGGUGAAGGGAAUAUAGUUAUAGUGCUUUGCUAUACCAAGGAACAAAAAGCACAUCUGUAACUGGAAUGUGUAGAAGUAAGGCAAGCAUCCCAGUGGCUAUUUUUCUAUUACUGGAAUUUAAAAGAAAAAAAACAUUUAAACUUCUUGGGGAGCUCUCAUGGCCUAGGAAAGAGAUCUGUACUGGACAUUUGUACAUAAAGGAAAUUGAGGGUUUAGGGUUUUUUACCUCAGUGUAUACAAUCAACUCUUUUAAGAUGGAAGCUUUAUGAAAUAAGCACUGAAAAGAUGUUCUUACAUUGCUUCUAUAAGUGUCAUUGCUUGCUGUGAAAUAGAUCAGUCUCUGCAAACUAGCCAAUAAGUGUUCCCAUGCAGUAAAAGAUGAUUUCUGCUAUACUUGAAAAUAAAAAGGGAUGCCAUAGCUUAGAAGGCAAGGCAAUUCAUCACUGUUGUCAUAAAUACUUAACAC